GCGCCCCAGCCCCGGGGAAUGCAGUGGCCCCCGGCCCCUGGCGCCUCUCCGUGUCUGGGCUGGGCCUCCUCGCUCGCCUGCUCCGCGGCCGCGACGCUCCUCAGCCGCGCCGGCCGGGCCCCCCUCAUGGCGGCCAAGUGGUUCAAGGAGUUCCCCCUGAACCUGAAGACCGUGUCCGAGCGGGCCAAGCCCAGCGGCGGCGCAGGUGGCAAACUGCGCAAGAACUCGGAGGCGGGCGGCGCGGGACCCGCCCCGGGCAAGGGCCGCAAGAACUCGGCGGCCGAGCUGGGGAGCGGCAGGGCUGGCGCCGGCGCCCCCAAGGACAGCCGGCUGUCCCGGGACAGCCUGCAGGGCCUGAUCCAGGCCGCCGCGGGCAAGGGCCGCAAGAACUCCCGGGUCACCGAGGAGGAGCCCCACCGGGGCGCGGCCAAGAUCUCGGGCUGCAGCACCUACAUCAACAGGCUCAUCAAGGUGGACACUCAGGAGAAGAACGGGAAGAACAAUUACCCCAGCAGCAGCAGCAGCAGUAGCAGCAGCAGCAGCAGCAGCUCCUCCUCGGCGUCUUCUUCCCCUUCCUCCCUGGGCCCCGAACUGGACAAGGGCAAAAUUAUUAAGCAGCAGGACACGGUCAUCAUCCUGGAAGACUAUGCUGACCCUUAUGAUGCCAAACGGACAAAAGGUCAAAGGGAUGCAGAGAGAGUAGGAGAGAAUGACGGUUAUAUGGAGCCCUAUGAUGCCCAGCAAAUGAUAACAGAGAUCAGGCGACGAGGUUCCAAAGACCCCUUGGUGAAGGCCCUCCAGCUGCUCGACAGUCCCUGCGAGUCAGGGGAGAACGGCAUGAAAUCAGACACACUGGCCAAGAGACGAAGCUCCAAGGACCUACUGGGGAAGCCUCCCCAGCUGUACGACACUCCCUACGAGCCUGCAGAAGGAGGCCCCCGGACGGAGGGGAAGGCCUGGCCCCCGGAGGGACACAGCCGGCUGCCUGAGAACGACGAGCGGCCAGCGGCUGAGUACGAGCAACCCUGGGAAUGGAAAAAGGAGCAGAUCGUGAGGGCUCUGUCAGUUCAGUUUGAAGGCGCUGAGCGUCCUGCCAUCAAGGAGGAGACAGUGAGGCAGCACCACCGACAGAAGAGCUGGACCCAGAAGAUCUUGAAGCCAGUGCUCGCUGACCACGCUGAAGGGGAGAGAGUGGACCCAGCCCUGCCCCUGGAGAAGCAGCCUUGGUACCAUGGGGCCAUCACGCGUGCUGAGGCUGAGAGUCGACUGCAGCCUUGCAAAGAAGCUGGUUACCUGGUUAGAAAUAGCGAGUCGGGGAACAGCAAGUACUCCAUUGCACUCAAGACUAGUCAAGGAUGUGUCCACAUUAUCGUGGCUCAGACCAAAGACAACAAGUACACACUGAACCAGACAAGUGCUGUGUUUGACAGCAUCCCUGAAGUGGUACACUACUACUCCAACGAAAAGCUGCCUUUCAAGGGGGCAGAACACAUGACCUUGCUCUACCCCGUGCACAGCAAGCUGCACUAAGGUUUGGCCACUGAAUCCCCAGGCCAGGCCUCUCACACCUAAGAGAGGACAUCAGCACCCACCCAGCAGCUCAAGACAAGGCUGGACUGUGCCACAAUAAUUGUAGGAAAUGACAGAGACUUCAUUUACAAGUCAAAAAGUCUUUGGCCUAUAAUCCAUUCCAUGACACCUGGUUACCGACCUGUCUGUUUUCUCUGUGCUACAAUGAGAAACCAUGAUUUCCCUGUUGCCUCCACUCUUUGAAGAAGAGUGUUCUCUUGAAGGUAUGAACCUCAGGAAAGGUAAGUCAGGAGCGCAGGAAAAUUAAGAUUGUCUAAAAAUGUGCUCAUCGUUAAUCUGGAGUCUCUGGUCUUCAAACCAACCAACCCCAAAAAAUCACUUUUACAGAAGAUGACAGAAAAUGAUGAUGUGGACCAGAAGAGCACUUGAUACUGAACCCCUUUUUGGGGAAAAGGAUGAGCAGUGGGAAAUAAAUGGCAGUGAGCACCUUGGAGAAAGCUGUUUUUCCCCUUUUCUCCUUUGAGGUCCUAGUUCAGCUCUGCAGUCCAUGAAAUUCCUAACUUUAGUGUCUGACAAAAGGAUUGUUUUGUUCAUCAGCCUUCUAAGGAAGUUCGUAUUUUCUGAAUCUCCAUGAACUUUUUCAUCAUUUUUCAGCAAAUCAGUAAAAGAGCAUAAAUAGGUAGGAAGUACCCUUGAUUUAAGAAUCGCCCAUAUAAUUAAUAUUGGCAUUCUUGUUAUAGUUCUGAAGUAUAGGAUAAAAUACACAACAAAGCUUUCAUUUCUGAUUUUUAAAUAAUCUGAAAAUUUACAAAGCUCAAUAGUAAUAAAAACUGUUUCCUUAUUGGAUAACUAUACAGAACUUUGGACAUCCUUUGUUUCAUCUUUAGUUUUAGUUGUUAUGGAAGCAUUUAUCAUUUGUGUCCCUCAGAUGACAUUUGUUUUGUAAUUUUAGAGUAAAUUAAAAUAUGUACAUAUAUAUAUAUAUAGAUAGAUAGAUAGAUAUAGAUGGAUGGAUAGAUAGAUAGAUCGAUCUAUAACACCAGGAUCUGGUCAUGUGAACUAGGUCUCUAAAGUCUGCAGAGUCGCUUAUGUUAUACAAAGCAGGCUGGUUUCCACUGUAUAAAAAGAUUUUUUAACAGUUUUGAGGUUUUCUCUACUUUGGCUUAAGAAAUUAAAUUAAUAUCAUAGUAUUAUUAUCUUUAUGACUUAUUGUGAACUUAUAUUGCCAAUUUUCUUACUGUGAAAACAAAAGACAAAACUUGGCGAUGGCAUGCUGUGAGAAGACUCUCCCAUGGGUGGCUCUCGUCAAAGCCCCGCAGGGGCGCUGGGUUCUGAGCUUUGGGAUUUAGUUCUCCAAUUGGUCCAGAUGCAGAUGUGCUGUCAGCAAUGAAAAAUUAACUUUUGUAGCUUCUUUUAAAUACACAUAGAAUCAUGAUUUGGUUGAUUUUUUUUAAAGCCAGUAUACCUUUCUAGUUAUUAAUUACCAUUUUGCUGUUAUAACUUAGGGGUUAGUAAAUAUUUGCUUCUUUAUUCAGUUAAAAUCUUAACCAAAGAGUUUUAUAGUCUUUGAUUCAAAAAUUUGAGAGGAACUUCUUCUGACUGGGUCGCAACGAUAUUAUCAUUACAGAGUGUUUUGUUUAAGUACUGAUUGAACUUUUUUAAAGUGUACUGGUUCUUUAGUGAAGAUUUUUUUAAAAAAAAAUUAGCAUCUAUUCCAAUUCCAUUCAAUAAAUAUUUAUUGUCUUCCAUAUACAAAUAAUUCAUUGUGUUACACUUAUUUUUAGUUCAAUAUUCUAGAGAUGAAAUCUUGUUUUUUACUUAACCUAUUCUACAAAGGAAAUAUAGCAGUUAUCCUAAUUUUAAUAAAUGCUAAAAACGUUAUAAAAUUUUUCUUGGCACACUAAAUGAUUUUUGGCUCAUUCCCAGCAACUGUGUUGAAUAUAUAAUGAAAUAACAUUUUGAAAGCAGAACUGAUACACAAGUGUUUAUUGUCUGACACAUGCCAGGUAUUGUGCUUUCUCUAUAGUGUUUUUCUGUGGCAGUCAUGCUGUUUUCUUUACAUGGUUAUAAGUGGAGGAGAUGUGGAGGUUAUAUAUAGUCCCGUUACUUCACAGUCAUACACAAGCUUAGAAGGAAAAGAAAUAUAGUAAAUUAUUAGAAGGGGAGAGGGGUUAAGCAACUAUUUUCUUCUUAAGGUUGUGACACAAGCUGACAAAAGCCAGGGAAUUCACAGCUGGGUGGUGGCACAAAGUAGCAUAUGUUCUAGAAACAAUUAGGCCCAGCAGGGUGUCCCUAAUGGCUUCCUUGUUAAGCCUCCCGCACCGCCAACCUGAAGCCUUGUGACAUGUUUCCUCUCUGAGCCCGAGUGCUCGGGCUUUUGUCAUUUUGUCUCUGUACAAGUCUUUUCCUGUUGGCUUCAUCCUUUUGCGUUAAUUCUGUUCCCCAGAAUAUUUUCUGAUUCUUUCUGGAGUGAAUAAUGAGGUCUUGUAGCAAAUAUUUGCUCACUUGCCUUAAAUGUAGUAUCCACUGAGUCUCCUGCAUCUGUGUUCUCCUGCAUCACACCUUCUUUUAAAAAAUGCUCUACUCUAGUUGCUUAAUGAGUUUCUUUAGAUGGUACAUUUCAGAUCUAUAAGAACAGAGGGUAAAUAGAUAUUUCCAUUUGCUUUGCUACCAUGGCUAUUUCUGUCAAGAUGGAUUUCAACGUUUAGUCUCCAUGAAUUGCUGAAUUGUUACUCAUUUACUGGCCUCUGCCACAGGAUGGGGCAGUGUAAUCUAUAGGGACAGCCAGAAGUUUUGAGAUGGGACGAUUGUAUUAAUUUUUUCACUGAAUUUAUUUCAAUAUGUUAUUACCCUGUAGCCAGCCAUUGUUACUAAAACUUAAUUCGGAACAACUGAGCAUCUGUGAAAUUCUGCAGUUGCUUUUUAAAUGAGGGUAGCCUUUCUGGUCUAUUAAAAUCCCCUUUUUUAGUCAAAGUUUAGUGCCUCAUUUUUCUUCAUUCUGGGAGGCAGGGGAACCAAGAUACCUGGAUUUCAUUUCUCUACAUUCUUUUAGUAGUUAGCAGAAUUUCUUUGAAACCUUUCUCAGAUGGCUCUCCUUCAUUAGUUGUCUCUCUCCGACUUUCCCUAAUCAGCACUAUUUUGGCUUUAUGAUCUUUUUAGAAUUACUCUUCUUUAUUCUUAUCUCUAAUUUUUGUUCCUCAUUAACUUGGGCUUAGAAAAACUUGGCCUGCAGUGGAGCUGCCUUAAUUUCUGACCCUGUAGGAAGAAGACGGUGUGCUACUGCCAUCUAGUGGAAAAAGAGCAAACUGCUGUGGGAAGCAGGCAGAGCUUUAGGGUAGGGCUUUCUAAAGGAUUUCUGAUACAGCCCAAGGGGGUGGGGGAUGACACAGCAGUUGCCAUCUUGAAAUCUGCCCUUUCCUCAGAAAGGGUAGUUGGCAAUCUUAAUACAAUUCUCUUCACGAGGCCCUGGAUUACGGCUGGAUCACGUAGUUUAGAAUCUUAAAUUAUAAUUUGAUAAACAUGCUGGUAGCAGAUCACUGGGGCAUUGUAGUGCCAUCAAAGCACGGAGCAGAUUCUCUGUGGAUCCAGGCAGAUGAGUAAAGGAGAGUCCUGGAGCCCUCAGUGGCUUUUUCAGGCUUUUAACGAUGCUUCUACACCAUUUGCAAUGACGCAACCAGGUGUGGGCAGGCAGCGGGGCCUGGGAGCCAGGAGGCUGGCAGCCUCUUUACCCCCGGUGAAUCUUCACUCUUUCUGGGCUCUCUGGCAUUCUCUUGUGGUCUCCACUGGUCUCUACUGCACUCUGCCCCACGGUCCUCUGUCUCCUCCAUCCUCUGCUGCUGCCCUUACAUGCUCGGCCUCCAGAAUCAGGUGCUCCCACUCACACACGCCCACAGCGCUCUCCAGGUGCCGCCAUCAGGUGCGCAUGUAAGACCACAGGUGUCCAUCAUUGAUGCUAAUGGUGGGAGGGUGGGAAAAACCAGAUCACUUCCACUUACCCUACAGGCAGGCGUCUCAUUUGCCAAUUUCUUAACCAAUUAUUUUUGUCGGGGGACUUUAAUAUCUUAAUUGUCAACUAAUAUGUUUUAACUUCUGAAAAUAUUUGAAGAUUGUAUGUAAUAAAGGUGCCUAUCUUUUGUGCUUUAAUAAUUUAAAUUCUUCCAGAAAGGUUUUAUAAAAUUUCUGGAUGUAUUGCAGUAGCCAAUAUAGGCUGAAGAUGGUUUACUCUAAAAUGUAAAUUUAAAUAAAUAUUAUU